UGGUCCGAAUUGUGGUUUCAUCAUGUGGAGGGACAGAGAGUGGAGUUGUUGCACAAGCAGCUGUACCAGAAUCAGGGGAAGCUCUCUUAUCUCCAUAUUUCUGUCAUCAAAGCUCCAUUUCCAGCCCCCAAACCCGUGGUGAUCUCCCUGCUUGAAGGAGGGGAAGUCCUGUGGAUCCCAGAUGUGCGUAGCCCUGAGGCUGUGCCAGGAGACUUCAGCCCAGGAACUCGGAUUGCAGAUAUAUUGGAGGAUCUGCAGGAAAGUGGUGUGGCCGAAAGGCGAUACAGUAGUGCCUGUGUGGAAGAAAUCAGAAGGGAUGUCCAAGGAGGCCUGGAGAAAGGUCAGGGUGAGUGCAUCAAGAAUCCCCUGGGAAAGUGUCUGGUAAAGACAGGAAGGAAUCCACUGUACUUCAACAAAGGUGAAAAGUAUCCUGAAGAACCCGGGAGCAAGGAUGUGUGCCAGAAGAAAAAGCAGAAUCCAUGCACGGAAUGUGGAAAUAGCUUUGAAAAAGAUUCCAGCAUCAUUAACCACCAGUGCAUACACUCAGCAAAGAGCCCAUACAAGUGCUCUGAUUGUGGAAGGUGCUUCAAAAGAAGAUCCCAACUAACCCGCCACAAGCACAUCCACACAGGAGACAGACCCUUUAAGUGCUCUGAGUGUGGGAAGAGCUUCAAAAGGAGUUCCCACCUCACCUUCCACCAACGCAUCCACACAGGAGAGAGACCCUACAAGUGUACUGAGUGUGGGAAGAGCUUCAAAAGCAGUUCCCACCUCACCUGCCACCAGCGCAUCCACACAGGUGAGAGACCCUUUCAGUGUCCUGAAUGUGGGAGGAGCUUCAAAAGCAGUUCUGAAUUGAAGCAGCACCAUCGUAUCCACACAGAGGAGAGACCCUACAAGUGUACCGAGUGUGGGAAGAGCUUCAAAAGCAGUUCCCACCUCACCUUCCACCAACGCAUCCACACAGGAGAGAGACCCUACACGUGCUCUGAGUGUGGGAAGAGCUUCAAAAGGAACUAUGAAUUGAAGCAGCACCAGUGCACCCACACAGGAGAGAGACCCUACAAGUGCUCUGAGUGUAGGAAGAGCUUCAGAAACCAUUCCCACCUCAGUUUCCACCAACGCAUCCAUACAGGAGAGAGACCCUACAAGUGUCCUGAGUGUGGGAAGAGCUUCAAAAGGAACUAUGAAUUGAAGCAGCACCAGCGCAUUCACACAGGAGAGAGACCGUUUCAGUGUCCUGAGUGUUGGAAGAGCUUCAAAAGCAGUUCAGAAUUGAAGCAGCACCAGCGAUACCACACAGAGGAGAGACCCUUUCAGUGUCCUGAGUGUGGGAAGAGCUUCAAAAGCAGUUCUGAAUUAAAGCUACACAAGCGUAUCCACACAGGAGAGAAACCUUUUACAUGUCCUGAGUGUGGAAAGAGCUUCAAAAGCAGUUCUGAAUUGAAGCAGCACCAGCGGACCCACACAGAGGAGAGACCCUACAAGUGCUCUGACUGUGGCAAGUGCUUCAAAAGCCGUUCCCACCUCAGUUUCCACCAACGCAUCCACACAGGAGAGAGACCCUUUCAGUGUUCUGAAUGUGGGAAGAGCUUCAAAAGUGGUUAUGAAUUGAAGCGCCACCAGCGCAUCCACACAGGGGAGAGACCCUACAAGUGCCCUGACUGUGGGAAGAGCUUCAAAAGCAGUUGUCAAUUGAAGCAGCACCAACGCAUCCACACAGAGGAGAGACCUUUUCAGUGUCCUGAGUGUGGGAGGAGCUUCAAAAGCAGUUCUGAAUUGAAGCAGCACCAGCGCAUCCACACAGGGGAGAGACCCUACAAGUGCUCUGAGUGUGGGAAGAGCUUCAAACACAGAUCUAAUCUCAACACCCACAAGCACAUCCACAGAGCACAAAGGCUGUAGAAGCAUCCGCAAGAUAUGAGGAACCUUCAAAAGCAGUUCCAGCCUCAUUACCUACCAGCACAGCCACACAGGAUACAGAGCCUGCAGAGCCCCGAACAUGGGCAGAGCUUCAGCCAGAGCCCCAGUCUGGUCACCACAUGUGGCCUUGUGUGGUGAUGAACUUUACAAAUCCCUUGAGUAGAGGAAGAGCUCUGCGGCCAAACUCAAUCCUCAUUCUCCUUCUUUGCAUGAGAAUUAUGCAUAUUGCUCUCUUACAGCUGCAGUUGCUGUGUUGAGCAGCUGUAUAAAGGAGAAUCCACAGUGGGAUGUGUCACAGCCACUGGAAACCCUCUGCCAAUUUGGCAUAUUUCUGCCAGUGCUGUGUGCAAGGAGAGUCACAUCUUACCUCCCCGGUAGAAACUUCCCUGCUGCGGGGCAGCAGGUGAGGGCCCAAAGGGAACCUCUACUGAGCCGAUAAGUCACCAGGAAGGAAGAAAUUCUGUCUGCAGGGUGUGUGGGAAGAACUUCAUCUGGAGCUCAACCCUCAGUAGACACCAGAGAACCAACACAAGAGGAGAGUCCCUAUGACUGCCUUGACUGCAGGAAAUGGUCCGUCCACAGCUGGAAGUUCAUCACACACCAGUGGAUCCACAUGAGGAACCCUACAAAUGUGCAGCCUGCAAGAAGAGCUUUGGCCACAGCUCAAACCUGCUGUGGUACAGAGUGUCUGCACUUGGGUGAAGUCCAAUCCGUGCCUGCACCAGUGAGUUCAUGUGGCUAGAAACCUUAGAAAUGCCUCGAGUGUGAGAAGGGCUUUGUGCAGAGCGCAGAGCUCCUCACGUGCAUGAGAUGUCACUUGUGUCAGAAGUGCUACAAAUGUCCUAUGUGUGGGAAAAUCAUCAAUCAAAGCUCCUACCUGAUCAAGCACCCUGGGAUCCACGGAAUCACAGAAUCACAGAAUCGUAUGGGUUGGAAGGGACCUCCAAAGAUCAUC